GACUGAUGACUUGCCAUUGUAAAUAUUGACUUUUAAUAGUACACAAAGAAUUUGAAUUUAUAUAUGUGAUAAAAGAUUUAUUUUUAUUUGAAUUAUAGUUUGUAAUGUUUACAUAAACAAUUCGCAUUUCAUUUAAAUAGAUACUUAUAAAAUGUUCACGUUCUAUACAAUAAUUGUUUUGGUAUUUUUAUCCAAUUAUGGAUAUUCUCAUGUAUCAUAUCAACCAGAGCAAAUCCAUAUUGCCUUUGGAGAAUCAGUUACGGAAAUAGUUGUCACAUGGUCCACAAUCAACGAUACACAACAAUCCAUUGUGGAAUAUGGUAUUGGUGGUUUAAUACUUCGUGAAAGUGGAAGUUCUACAAAAUUUGUGGAUGGAGGUACUCAUAAUCGUACACAAUACAUACAUCGUGUUCGACUGCAGAAUCUUACACCAGAAACUAAAUACGUGUAUCACGUUGGAAGUGAUUUAGGAUGGUCACCUAAAUUUUGGUUCAAAACAGUUCCAAAUGAAAAUAAUUGGAGCCCACAUUUGGCAAUUUACGGUGAUAUGGGAAAUGUGAACGCAAAAUCACUGGCAUAUCUUCAAGAAGAAACGCAACGUGGGUUGUAUGAUGCAAUUUUACAUGUGGGUGAUUUUGCUUAUGAUAUGGAUUGGGAAGAAGGAGAAGUUGGUGAUCAAUUUAUGAAUCAAAUCGAAUCCAUUGCAGCAUAUGUACCAUACAUGACGUGUCCAGGAAAUCAUGAACAAAAAUAUAAUUUUAGCCAUUAUCGAGCACGGUUCAGUAUGCCAGGAGGAACAGAAAAUUUAAUGUACAGUUUUAAUUUAGGCCCUGUACAUUUUAUAUCAUUCUCAACCGAACUAUACUACUUUAUGAAUUACGGUUUAAAACCGUUAGUAUUCCAAUACGAUUGGCUUGAAAAAGAUUUAAUUGAAGCAAACAAACCAGAAAAUCGUCAAAAACGUCCAUGGAUUAUUACAAUGGGUCAUCGACCAAUGUAUUGUAGUGAUAAUGAUGGUGAUGAUUGUACACAUCCUGGUUCUCUUGUACGAAUUGGAAUACCAUUUUCACAUUUCUUUGGAUUAGAACCAUUAUUUUAUAAGUACGGUGUUGAUUUAGAAAUAUGGGCACAUGAACAUUCAUAUGAACGAUUAUGGCCAAUUUAUGAUUAUAAAAUAUAUAAUGGUAGUAGAGAAGAAUCGUAUACAAAUCCAAAAGCUCCGGUACACAUAGUAACGGGAUCGGCUGGUUGUCAAGAAAAUACUGAUAACUUUAUUCAUCCGUCACCAGAAUGGAGUGCAUUCAGGUCAUCUGAUUACGGUUAUACGAAAAUGAAAGUCUAUAAUCGAACACAUUUGUAUUUAGAACAAAUUUCUGUUGAUAAGCUUGGUGCUGUUAUUGAUAAUAUUUGGUUAAUCAAAGAGAAACAUGGAAGUUAUAGCGAAAUUAACGACGAAUUAUAAUGAUCACGUAAAUUAUUUAUAAUAGUAUAAUAAUAGGGAAUAUUAAUGAAAUUUAAAUUUGGUUCAAAUAUUUUUCUUUUUUUCUUUUUUAUUUGUCUGAUAAAAAUUUUCAAAAAUAAAAUUGUUAUUGCAGUAAUGGUGUGUUUAGUAAUGAAGUUAGGAAACGUACUUUAAGGUACUUGAUAUGAAAAAAGGCUCGUAACUUUAAAUAGUAAAACAAUUUCAGGGCAUUUGUAUUUGUUAUUUUAAU